AUGGAGAAUAAUCUUUUCGGGGAGAACAAUAAUAACGAAGAAGACAGUUUUGAUAAGGACUGUCCUGACUUUAAUUACAAAUUAAUUCUUGUUGGUCAUGAAAGAGUAGGCAAGACCUCUGUGAUCAGUAAGUUUGUUAAUGAUAAAUUCAACGAUAAUGAGGCCAGUUCGAAGACUGUCCAGAUAUAAAGGAAAUUGCUGAAGAUAGAGAAUACAUAAAAGUGGGCACAACUACACAUUUGGGACACAUUAGGGCAAGAGAAGUUUAAAGCUUUAGCACCUUUAUUCUUUCGGAAAGCUGUUGGAGCAUUUUUAGUCUAUGAUUGCACAAAUAAGCAUAGUUUUGAUGAGAUAGAAAGUUGGUUUCAAUAAUUAUCAAACAGCAUUGAAUCAAGGGUUAUAGUUAUGCUAUUGGGAAAUAAAUGUGACUUACCCAAUCGUGAGGUACCUUAUAAUACUGCGAUGGAGUAUGCAAGGAAUAGAAACUUUGGCUUUUUGGAGGUCUCAGCCAAAACAGGUACAAACAUCAAGAACUCAUUUUAUUGCUUACAAGAGGAUCCUAGAUCUGACAGUCUCCUUAAUAAAUAAAAAAAUGCUAAAAAGUUUCGUCUUGAUAGCAAAUCAGGAGAGGCAGCAGAUUAAUUAUCAAAUGAAAAUAAUGGAGGGCAAGCAUCUAGGACAGGCGGAAGUAAUAGGAGAAAUAAUAAGUGUAAAUGCUGA